AUGUUGGUGUAUAAUAACCAGUGGCCUUUAUUGACAGAGCUUACAAUUUACUUCAUAGUUGGCCACAUGGUCGAGCUUAAGGUUGACAAGAUGUACGAUGCAAUUAUAUCGAUGGCAUGGUAUAAGCUACCGGUGGUGAACCAAAAGGAAUUUAGCUUUCUACUUUCCAGACAACAACGGCCCAUGAUUCUGACUGCCUAUGGUUUCCAUCCAAUGAAUUUCGAGGCUUACAUGAGCGUCUUACGAGGGCUGUACCAGUUUUUCGUGAUGAUCAUGCAAUAUGUGGAUUAA